UUAUGCAGACCCAACCCUGAUGUCAGCUCUCUAUCCACAGGCUGGGAUUCAGGCAGUCCCAUCAGGACCACACACACAGGCCAGAUACGGGGAAGCCUAGUCCACAUGAAGGGCCUUGAUGUGGGUAUCCAUUCUUUCCUGGGAAUUCCCUUUGCCAAGCCACCUGUCGGAGCACUGCGCUUCGUACCCCCUGAGCCACCUGAACCAUGGAGUGGUGUGAGGGAUGGGACCUCCUAUCCAGCCAUGUGCCUGCAGGACAUCACUGCAAUGAAUAUGCAGGCUCUUAAGCUGUUAAAGCUGGCCCUGCCUCCCAUGCCUAUGUCUGAGGACUGCCUAUACCUUAACAUCUAUACACCAGCUCAUGCCCACGAGGGUUCCAACCUGCCUGUGAUGGUGUGGAUCCAUGGUGGUUCACUGGUUAUAGGUAUGGCUUCCUUGUAUGAUGGAUCCACACUGGCAGCCAUGGAGGAUGUGGUGGUGGUCACUAUCCAGUACCGUCUGGGUGUCCUGGGCUUCUUCAGCACUGGAGACCAGCACGCCAGAGGCAACUGGGGCUACCUGGACCAAGUGGCCGCCCUACGCUGGGUCCAGCAGAACAUCGCCCACUUUGGAGGAGACCCUGACCGUGUCACCAUUUUUGGCAACUCAGCAGGUGGCAUAAGUGUGUCUUCACAUGUUGUGUCCCCCAUGUCCCGAGGGCUUUUCCACGGUGCCAUCAUGGAGAGUGGAGUUGCCCUGAUGUCAAGCCUCAUCUCAGAAUCCUCUGACGCAGUCUAUAGAAUGGUGGCUAACCUGUCUGAAUGUGAACAAGUGGACUCAGAGGCCCUGGUGAGCUGUCUACGAGGCAAGAGUGAAGAGGAGAUGAUGGUGAUUAACAAGGCCUUCAAGAUCAUCCCUGGUAUAGUGGAUGGCAUCUUCCUGCCCAGACAUCCCAAGGAGCUGUUCGCCUCUGCAGAUUUCCAACCUGUCCCCAGCAUUAUCGGUGUCAACAAUGAUGAGUAUGGCUGGAUCAUCCCCUCGAGCAUCAGCACCAAUGGCUCCCAGAAGGAAAUGGACAGAGAGACAGUGCAAGCUUUCCUGCAGAGGAGGGCAGCCCAGAUGAUGUGGCCUCCUGAAUUUAGUGACCUGCUGAUGGAAGAGUACGUGGGGGACAGUGAGGACCCUCAGCUUCUCCAAGUGCAGUUCAAGGAGAUGGUGGAAGAUUUGUUCUUUGUGGUCCCUGCGCUGCAAGUAGCACAUUUUCAACGCUCCCACGCUCCUGUCCACUUCUAUGAGUUCCGACAUCGACCCAGCUUCUUCAAGGACUCCAAGCCACCCCAUGUGAAGGCUGAUCACGGGGAUGAGGUCCUCUUUAUCUUCAGAUCAUUUUGGGGAGGCACCCAAGUUGACCUCACUGAGGAGGAGGAGCUGCUGAGCAGGAGGAUGAUGAAGUACUGGGCCAACUUUGCACGGCAUGGGAACCCCAACAGCGAGGGUCUACCCUACUGGCCCGUGUUGGACCAUAAGGAGCAGUACCUGCAGCUGGACAUCCAGCCUACCGUGGGCCGAGCCCUGAAGGCCCGAGGGCUGCAGUACUGGACCAAGACUCUGCCCCAGAAGAUCCAGGAGCUGAAAGAGGUCAAGGACAGACACGUAGAGUUGUAGCACCCUGUGUCAAGUUAUAGUUUGCCCUGAGUGCAAGUGAGGGUAUUCUGAGGUUUCCAAACACUGUAAGAAGAGACACGGGGAUCCACACUUUUAUGUAGGCAUUAAGUUCAUAUACCCAAGAAUUAUGAAGUCUCCCCUACAGGAUAUAUGUUCCUUGCUAAGCCUGACAUGGGUCAUUUCUGUUACAGGAGACAUUGGAUGGGUGAGUCCCAAUAAAGAACACCUUCCUCCA